UGAUUUAUUUAAACUAUAAACUUGCAACUUAAAAGUUGCAUACAAUUUCGAGAGGAAUAGCUGAAGAGAAAGCAAAAUUACAGCAUUAUUCAGAUAUCGCCCAAGUGCGUAAGCCAAGUUCGAAGGCGUAUUUUAGAAGCAGCAGCGAAAGCGGUUUUGUCGUCCACGCGUGCUCUCCCCUUUCGAACCAAAGCUAGUUCCCUCUUCUGGUCUUGGAAGGCGAGGGAAACCUCGCUGGCAGCGGCGGAAUGGCGGCCGAGGCGGCGGCGGCGAAGGAGGAGGAGCCGUGCUGCAUCUCCCACGCAUUCGACCGCGCCGCCCGCCGGAACCCUACCGGCCUCGCCGUCAUCCAUGCGGCCUCCUCCUCCUCCUCCGGCUCCGACAGCGAGCGCCACUUCACCUGCGCCGACCUCCUCGCCGCCGUCUCCACCCUCUCCCGCCACAUCGCCGCGGAGCUCAGCUCGUCUACCUCCCGCCACCGUGAUGAAUCGCCUGGCUGUUCGGGUCGCCCCGUGGAAGCCGCCGCGGCGCCUAGGGUUGUGGGGGUUUACGCCUCGCCUUCGGUGGAGUACAUCGCCGCCGUCCUCGCCGUGCUCAGAUGCGGGGAGGCGUUCCUGCCGCUGGACCCAUCGUGGCCAGAGGAGAGGAUUCGAUGGGCCACCUCGUCGUCGAAUGCGGUGCUCGUUGUAUCAUCAGGGGGUUUGGGAGCAGCUCAUGUGUUUGCGAGCAGCUCUUGCUCUGUUAUUCACAUGGACGACGACUUAUGGCAAGUGUUUGAGGAUGAAAAGGGUGGGAUUGGUCGAGAUGAGCUUGCUUGGCCGUGCAAGUACAAGAAGCCGAGGGAGUUCUGCUACGUGAUGUUCACAUCUGGUUCCACUGGAAAACCCAAGGGUGUUUGUGGAACAGAGAAAGGUCUUCUGAACCGCUUUUUGUGGAUGCAAAGAUGGAAACCUCUAUGUUCAGAUGACCUGUUAUUGUUUAAGACAUCUGUCAGCUUUGUAGACCAUCUGCAGGAGUUCCUUUCUGCUGUGUUGACUUGCACAACACUUGUCAUUCCUCCUCCUAAUGAUUGGAGAGCUAAUCCAGCAUCCUUGGCCAACUUGAUUAAGGCAUAUGGUAUAUCAAGGAUGAAUUUGGUUCCAUCAUUGAUGGAGAUAAUACUACCUUCCCUGGAGAAAAAUCUUUCAUGGGGACAUAACCCGCUUAAGAUGCUAAUAUUUAGUGGCGAGAAUCUAUCCAUAUUGUUGUGGAAGAGAGUGCAUGAAAUUCUGCCAGAGACUACUAUUGUAAAUCUGUAUGGAACGACAGAGGUUUCUGGUGACUGUACAUUUUUUGAUUGCACAGAUCUGCCUAUACUUUUAAAGCGAGAAGAAUUAACUAGUGUACCAAUUGGAUUUCCUAUUUCAAAUUGUGAAGUUUGUAUUGCAACCGACGCCGAGGUAGCAGAUGAAGGAGAAAUGCAUGUCACUGGAGCAUGUUUAUUUGCUGGAUAUUUAGAAGAGUCCAUGGCGAGUAAUCACACUGAAGACAAUGGAAGUUCAACAUACUACAGAACCGGUGACUUUGCUCGACGCUUAAAGAGUGGUGAAUUUAUUUUCCUUGGGAGAAAGGACCGUACUGUAAAAAUUUAUGGGCAGCGUUUUUCACUGCAGGAAGUGGAAUCUACCUUAAAUGAACAUCCAGAUGUCAGUGCUGCUGCUGUUACUUUUCAAAAUAAUGAAUUUCUGGAUUUUAGGGCAUACCUGGUGCUUAAGAGUAGCGCCGCAUCUGUGGAAGACUGUCAGCGGCGUAAAAGAUACAAAUCUUUUGAAGUUAUCAUGCCAUCAAUUCGAAGUUGGCUCAUAAUGAAGCUUCCACCAGCCAUGAUUCCAAGGUUUUUCCUUCCCAUGGAAUCAUUACCUCUGACUUCUUCAGGAAAGAUUGAUUAUAUGAAGCUAUCAAGCUUGAAGUGUGCCUUGGAGUCCUGUGAAACUGAAACUGAAAGAAUUACAGUUAAUCCACAUUUGCAAGUUAUCAAAAAGGCAUUUUCUGAUGCCUUACUUGUUGAUGAAGUUUCCGAGUUUGAUGAUUUCUUCACCUUGGGUGGUAAUUCAAUUUCUGCUGCGCACGUAGCCCACAAGCUGGAGAUUGACAUGAGGAUGCUUUAUAUAUAUUCCACCCCUUCUAAGCUCUUGGAUGCUUUAUUUACAAAGCACGGUUGUUUACUUUCUUCUAGUCAUGAGCCUCACCCUAAGAAGGGAUUGGACAUAUCUUCCAGCAUACAUAGCUCAUUUAAUCCGAUCGCUACAAGUGUAGAUGAUAACUUUCCUGAAGUAAAAGCACAUAUAAAUGGAGAUGGAGAGUGUGCACAUGAUGCCAUUUCAGGGAAUUAUGCAAAUGAAGUAGAUGGCCAGCUUAACAGAAAUGUGCCUUUAUCUAAUGAUAGAUACCAGACAAAAUCCCUCUUGUUGGAUACAUGCUCAAAUGACAGAAACAGUGUCGAUGUCAGUCCAUGGAUCUUGAAUUUUUGUUUAGUAAAGAAAUGGUCUAUUGGACGUUGCAAUAGAUUUAUGCAUGGAUACGAAGAUAAGCUGCAAAUUGAAGAUGUUUGCUCAUAUGUUCCCUACAACAAAAGAGGUUAUCUUCAGGCCCUUUGGAACAUUCCUCUCGGUUCAUGUGUUGACGCGUCACCUUUGCUUGUCUCCAACAAUGGCAUGCUGAGUAUAUUUAUCGGGUCCCAUUCACACAGAUUUCUCUGCAUUGAUGGCUGUAGUGGUUCUGUGAGGUGGAGUGUCAAAUUGGAAGGACGUGUAGAGUGUUCUGCUGCUAUAACAGGUGACUUUUCAGAGGUUGUAGUUGGAUGUUAUAAAGGGAAAAUCUACUUCCUUGAUCUGUUAACUGGAAAACAAGCUUGGACCAUUCAGACUGAUGGAGAGGUAAAAAUGCAACCGGCUGUGGACAUGAUAAGGAACUUAAUAUGGUGUGGCUCUUAUGACCACCAUUUAUAUGCGUUAAAUUACAAAGAUCGUUGCUGCACUUACAAAAUUUCUUGUGGUGGAAGCAUUUAUGGUUCUCCUGCUAUAGACAUGACACACAACAUGAUAUAUGUUGCAUCUACGAGUGGCCUUGUGACUGCAAUAUCACUUGAGGUAUCGUCAUUUAAGAUAAUUUGGCAAUAUGAAGCCGGGGCACCAAUUUUCGGUUCUCUUGCUAUACAUCAUCAUGGUGGAAAAGUUAUCUGCUGCCUGGUGAAUGGUCUGGUGAUUGCAUUGAACUCACAUGGCUCUGUCGUUUGGAAGGCAUCUGUUGGUGGUCCUAUUUUUGCUGGUGCAUGUUUGUCAUCUGGCCUUCCUACUCAGGUGUUGAUACCUUCCCGUGACGGAAGAUUAUACUCUUUUGAUACUACAUCUGGUGCUCUUCUUUGGAAAUAUGAAGUUGGAGACCCUAUUACCGCAUCUGCUUUUGUCGAUGAAGUGUUAACAGCAACCUCACCUGGAGCAUCUGAAAGAUUCGCUUGUAUCUGCACGAGUUCGGGACAGGUCCAUGUCAUUAGGAUUAGAGCUGAUGCUAAGGAAGAGAAAGUUAAUGGAAGUAUUUGUAAUGACUUGGUGCAAGGAUUUGCUGCAAUAGAUCUUCCUGGGGACAUCUUCUCAUCGCCCUUGAUGGUUGGUGGACGCAUCUUUGUUGGAUGCAGAGAUGAUCAACUACACUGUCUCACAAUCAGCUCAUAGCUUCAAGCCGAAUAAUUGGAGGGCAGAUAGUUUGCUUCGCAUUGCUGUACCGAGAGCUCAGCUAGUCAGCAUCAUAUCCAUCCUGCUAUGAUUAUACAACGAGAACAUUUUCCCUCCUGAAUUGCAGAAGCUGCUGGUCUUCCUGCAAAUUAGCAACAGUGAAGAAGUGCAAAAUGAAACAGGACGACGUAUGGACUCCGGUAACUAGGCACAAGGUUUUGAACGUCAAAAAUUCAAUUUCACAACAUGAGUGUUUUCCCCAUAUGUAAAACCACUUCCGUUACUCUGCAGGGCUAUCAAGCAGCCGCUGCUUACUUCAGUUAUGCAUUCUUAAGGCUGUGAUUUGACCAAACAAACUACACACUCAACUGGGGUCUUGUUCAGCUUUGCCUUACCCGGGCAGCUUGGUUUAGGGAUGCAAAUGGCCCGUAUUAAUUAAGGCCUGUUGGGUUUAGAGGAAUUUCGCGGGAAUUUUGAAGGAAUUGAAUUGUUUGCUGUGUAAAUCAUGUAAAAAUUUCUGCUUUUCGAAGGAGCCCUUAUCGGGGGAAUCCUUGCUGCACGGGACCGAAGUCACCGAACCUCUGCUGUAUUGGUGGUGACUGAGAUGUUGUGCAGUAUGCCAAUUCGUCCUUGUGAUUCAGAUUAACCGUAAGCUCUCCAGUUCAAAUGGUCUUCUCGUGGGCCUCUGUUUCAACAGCA